ACUUCUAUGAGUUCUGAGAGAAGUCGCGUUUCGUCAAUUUCGUCGGCAAUUCGCUUUUUCUGCUUGCCGGCAGCGUUGAUUUGAGCACACAUAGCCUCUGCAGAGAUGACCUCUCGCAUCUCACAGCUAGCCAGCCAGCUCCGGGGUACAGGCAUCAGCAGACAUACGAGCAAGAAUGCCGACGACGUCGUGAUCACUCUCGCUUUCCGGACCCCUCUCUGCAAAGCAAAGAAAGGCGGCUUCGCCAAUACUCUCAGCGAUGAGCUCCUCUUAGAGCUCUUCAAGGCAGCAAAGGCAAAUAUUGGCUUUGACCCCGCGCUCGUCGAGGAUGUCUGCGUCGGCACCGUUAUCACUCCCGGCAGUGCCUACCAAGCUCGUGCCGCAUCGCUCGCGGCCGGCUUCCCCAACACGACACCCGUCCAGACGAUCAAUCGAUUCUGUUCGUCCGGCCUGAUGGCAAUCCAGUCCAUCGCCAACGAGAUCCGCAACGGCGAAAUCGAGAUUGGCCUAGCGCUCGGGUUCGAGCAUAUGACUGCCAAUCCUGAUCGUGGCGUUACAUCGUUCUGCGAGGAGAUCAUGGCUCAUCCCGAAGGAAAGGAUUGUAUCAUGCCCAUGGGCUGGACAUCAGAGAAUGUUGCAAGCGAUUUCAGCAAUGUCACUCGUGAUCGGAUGGACGAGUUUGCUGCUCGUUCCUACCAACGAGCUGAAGCAGCACAAAAGUCUGGCAAGUUCAAGCAAGAGAUUGUACCCAUUCUCGCGUAUACGAGUUUGCCGUCAAAAGGCGACAACGGUGCUGCUGCACCUCGUCAGCGCAAGACUGUCUCUGAUGACGAUGGCAUCCGUCCCGGCACGACUGCAGAAGGUCUCAGCAAGGUCAAGUCGGCAUUCCCACAAUGGGGCAAGGGCGCUACGACGGGCGGUAAUGCAUCCCAGAUUACAGACGGCGGCGCAUGCGUCUGCCUCAUGACGCGUCGCAAGGCGCAAGAGCUUGGUCUCCAGAUCAUCGCAAAGCAUGUCGCUACUACUACUGUCGGUCUCGCACCCCGUAUCAUGGGUAUCGGACCAUCAUAUGCAAUCCCGAAGCUCUUCAGCCAGCUCAACCUCACCGUGUCAGACAUCGAUCUGUUUGAGGUCAACGAAGCCUUUGCGUCCAUGUAUGUCUAUUGUGUCGAUAAGCUCGGCUUGCCCGUCGACAGGACAAAUGUCAACGGCGGAGCAAUCGCGCUCGGUCACCCUCUUGGUGCAACGGGAGCUCGACAGGUUGCUACGGGUCUGCACGAGCUACGAAGACGCAAGGGAACCAGUCUUGUCACGUCGAUGUGCAUUGGCACCGGUCAAGGUGCAGCGGCCCUGUUCAUUGCCGAAUAUUAGUCAAAGCACUCUCCAAUGCAUGUCUGAUAGUCACAACCAGUAUACCGAUGCGAUGGCGGCGGGAUGAUGAGGUAGUGAAGCGCGCCCGCGGUAUUGGGUCGCCUUUGUUCAUCUGAACUUUCUUCGAGCAAAGGAGCGCGAUGGGUCUGUGGACUGAUGCGCCUGAGCGUCCAUAUGUGAAGAGACUAUGAUGUGCCUCUAUAGGUAUAAGACGACUUGCGCUUGUUUCCUCCUCAUCAGGCCAUCGCACCCAGAGCACCGCACGAGUAGUAUACACGAUCCCCUUGCAAAGCAUACACAUCAGUAACAGGCGUAUCUCGAGGCUUGUGUGCAGCACACUGUACGUCGCCCCUCUUUCCACUGAUGCGCUGGGCUGAU